AGAGAGAGAGAGAGAAAGAGAGAGACAGAUGCAGCCAAUGCGCAGCGCGGCAUCUUGAAAGAGCAAGAGAGGAGAGAAAGAGAGAGAGAAAAGAAGGGAGGGAGAGGGAGCGGAGGAGUGCGAGUCGGGCACUGGCAGUCGCUCUUCGGCUGAAGAAUAACGUGUGUCGUGCAUCGCUGUGAUGCCAUCGGAUCCGAGCGGCUGGUACGUGUGAGACUCUCUUGUACACGUGCAGCCGAUUGUCCCUUGGCUGGAGGAAGAGGGAGGAGGAAGGUGCAUCAGGUUCGUGUCCGUUCUUGCGCGCUGCAUCUGGACCCCGGCGCCAGGGAGUGUGGGGGGGCACUAGGGCCAGGCGGCCGGCCGGGGGACGACAUGAGCGUUCCGCUCCUGAAGAUUGGCGCGGUGCUCAGCACCAUGGCCAUGGUCACCAACUGGAUGUCCCAGACACUGCCCUCACUGGUGGGGCUCAACGGAACCACCAUCUCCCGCGCAGGAACCUCGGAAAGGAUCGUCAGUGCCCUGUAUCCGAGCCCAGAGGAAGGCUGGCAGAUCUACAGCUCGGCACAGGACGCAGAUGGGAAAUGUAUCUGCACAGUUGUGGCUCCUGCACAGAACAUGUGUAAUCGAGACCCACGCAGCAGACAGCUCCGUCAGCUUAUGGAGAAGGUUCAGAAUAUAACUCAAUCCAUGGAGGUUCUAGAUCUUAGGACGUACAGAGACCUGCAGUACGUGAGAGACACAGAGAACCUCAUGAAAACAGUGGACGGUAAACUGAAGACUGCUUCUGAAAAUCCACGCAGCCUGAACCCCAAGAGCUUUCAGGAGUUAAAGGACAAGGUUACUCAGCUGCUUCCGCUGCUCCCAGUGCUGGAACAGUACAAGGCAGAUGCAAGAAUGAUCCUUCGGCUGAGGGAGGAGGUGAGGAAUCUGUCUCUGGUACUAAUGGCAAUUCAAGAGGAGAUGGGAGCCUAUGACUACGAGGAGCUCAGGCAGCGAGUGCUACUGCUGGAGACUCGUCUGCACUCCUGCAUGCAGAAACUCGGUUGCGGGAAGCUAACUGGCGUCAGUAACCCCAUCACCGUCCGCGCUUCAGGGUCAAGGUUCGGAUCCUGGAUGACUGACACAAUGAUUCCCAGCUCCGAUAAUAGGGUGUGGUCAAUGGACGGUUACUUUAAGGGACGUCGCGUGCUGGAGUACCGCACAAUGAACGACUUCAUGAAAGGCCAAAACUUUGUGCAGCAUCUCCUGCCCCACCCUUGGGCUGGUACAGGUCACGUGGUCUACAACGGCUCCCUCUACUACAACAAAUAUCAGAGUAACAUCCUCAUCAAGUACCACUUCCGAUCCCGAAGCAUCCUGGUGCAGCGCAGCCUUAGUGGCGCGGGCUACAACAACACCUUUCCCUACUCUUGGGGUGGAUCGUCUGACAUCGACCUCAUGGCCGACGAGAACGGGCUAUGGGCCGUCUACACUACCAUUCCCAACGCUGGAAACAUCGUCAUUAGCCGCCUGGAGCCACAAAGCCUGGAAGUGCUUCAGACGUGGGACACGGGCUUCCCUAAACGGAGCGCCGGCGAGUCGUUCAUGAUCUGCGGCACGCUCUAUGUCACCAACUCCCACCUGGCCGGUGCUAAGAUCUACUUCGCAUAUUACACCAACACCUCAACCUAUGAGUACACAGACAUCCCCUUCCAUAACCAAUACUCCCACAUUUCCAUGAUGGACUACAACCCCCGAGAAAGAGUGCUCUACACUUGGAACAACGGACAUCAAGUCCUCUACAAUGUCACUUUGUUCCAAGUCAUCAAAACAGCUGAGGACUAGGUCAUGCAGACCUUACAAACACAUUUGCUUAUACACAAAUGUACACACACUGAUAUGCCUACACACAUAUACACACACAUUUAUGUGGAGGAGGACAUGACUAAAGCUUAGACUUUUUAACCGCAUUCCAAACUUCAUAGAGUGCUAUUAUUCAUCUAAAGUUCUGAGGAGAGCAAGAUUGGUACUGGUACAUAAACUGAGCCUUUAUUUUCUUUCCUGUGAUGAUUCAGCAUGAGUACUUUCUUUUUAUUUGUGGAAAAAGAAUAAAUAAACAUCAAACUUUACCAUU